UGAAAUGUGGGGACAAUAUGUGCUAUUGAACGCCACGUGUUUUGAAAGUCAAUCUACUUACCAUUUUCUUUUGGCUGAAAGCUCGGACCUCAUAGUUUUGGCUUUCAGAUGAAAUUCUUUCACUCUGUAGGCUACUUGAUACUUUUUAAAAUGUAGUGAAGCAUAAUAGCCUACUCCCCCCACAAUAUAAUUAAGUAACAGUUAUCACAGCUACACAGUGAAAACAGGACUGUUGAUAUUUUAGGGUUAAACAUUUCUUAAUCGAGUUUAUCUCCAAAACUGCAAUUUCAACCCCAUUCUAAGAGAAAUGUAGUGAUGGGUUGUUCGUGAACGAACCGGCUCUUUUCUGUGAGCAAGGAGAGCUGGCUCCCGUUUGAGAGCCGUUUCAUGUGAUUGAUUAGCAGGAAUGAUAUUUUCUACAGACACAUUCACAGGCAUAUCUGCCUUUAGGGACACAAGCUUGAUGGUAUAACAGUAAUGUUUUAUAUCAGGUGUUUCAUACAGCCCAACCAGUGAGCAGGAAAAGCAUACCAGCACACAUAUUAAUCAUAGGUCAUGACAUUGCCAAAUCUGGCAGGUCAAAUGAACAGAACUGAAACCCUAAUAAAGAGUCGUUUGGGAGCUUCUUGCUGAGCUGAACCAAAUGAUCUGGAUCACCGAAAAGAGACAAAAUUCCCAUCACUAGUGAAAUGGUCUUCAGAGUUGGAGGUUGUUUUUUUAAGCAGUGUUGAUCUGACAGUGUUAACUCUGUAAAGAAUCAACUGAUUUAAGCUCCGCCCACUGCUUUUAUAAAUCUGGGGGAUGUGUGGGUGGCGUCUCCUGUCAUGCCCUUUGGCAGAGUAUUUAGUUGUGUUUAGAUGUUGCCUGUUGUACAGUAAUCCCUGCAGGGGUUCUUUUGCUCAUGUUUCCAGUGGAUUGUUAUUGUUUUUAAUGUGAGACACAUUUGCACCAUGGCCGAAGUUAAGCACUGAGUUAGGGUUCCUGUGACUUUAGGUGUUUAAAAGUCAAACGUUUUGUUUAAUUAUAAGUAGUGUGGAACAAUAUAAACAUUUAAAGGGUUGUAUUCAACUCUUCAUGAGUUUAAUUAACACUGUCAGUUUUGCUGUGUAUUUAACUUUGUUAGAGGCUUGACUCUACCUGAACAAAGUGGUUGGCGAUCUAUUUGCUUGUUUUGCUUGCCAAUAAGGAAAGAUCAUAUAAACUGUGCGACUCCUUAGUAGCGACUCUGUACUUAAAGUAACUUCAAAUUUUAAAGUUGAGUAGAUUUUAGACCAGUACUUUUUUUGCCAGUGAUUGUCUUUUGUCACUUUUAUUUUCGCUGUCUUCCCACUCUUGAACAGACUUCAAACUUAAGAUAAGACAAGCAGUGUGUCUCACUGCUGAAUAGCUGUUUGUUCAAGUCAAAUAAUCAUCCAUGUUCAACUUUUCUUCGUCCUUUCAAGACAACAGACAGUGAACGCAACACUUGGGCUUAGCGCCAGGUAACGGAAACCUACAGAGAGGCUGUUGUAUGUAUUUUUUUUUUCUUUUGUCCAUUCUCGCCGUCACACCCCCAUGAAUACAGCAUGCUCUCUCCUCUGCUCUCAUUGGGUAUUUUCACUGCAAACUUGGGAAGUAACUUUGCUCAGACUGAAGCCUGCGUUGCGGUUGAAGACAUCCACGACGCAGAUGUUUCCAGUCUGACCUCCUCCUCCAUCCCGUCUGGAUGUUACAAAGCCUAAAAAGAUGAUGAGGAUGGAGACAGACAUUGUGGAUAUGCAUCUAGAGAAAUUACCAAAUCACACGAAGGGCUUCACUCCCUGAGCAACUAUUCCCUAUGCCUGAUCAGCUGGUUUGAGUAUCUUGUGCCAUGCAGCAGAGAGGAAGGACAUCUCUGCAGCUCUCCCUACAUUUGCAGAAAAACCUGCAAACCCCAACAUCUCCAACCUCACAUUUGAAGUCUGGACUUUUGCCUGAAAGCAAUUCAAACUGCAGCGUCCUCUCACCGAUGUGUUCCUGUUCAACCAUUAAUUGACGGCAUUGUCUUCAGAAGAUGCUGAGGAAGAUGGUGUUAGUAAGGAGGCUCUUCCAUGUAAAGGGGGAUGUGAUGUGCACCCUUCUGCUGCUCGUGCUAUUCUGCCUGCUGCUCUACACCCGCCAGGUCAUACUUUCCUCUGAGUGGGACAGACCUGAGUUGAAGCUGGAAAUCCAUGGCUCUACAAGCUCCAGCAGGACACUGCUGGGUGCCAGUAGGGCCAGAGUUAGUCAGGAGUCUCCAGAGCAGUUCCCAUCCAGGCCAUCAGAGCCAGCCCUUCCUGCCUGUAAGCCCCAAGUGAAGUCCAAACCUCCGCAGCCAAAGCCCAAACCUCAGGUCAAAUCCAAGGGGAAAUCCAAGUCUCGACGGAAAAAUGUUGCUCCAACUAAGGCGGCCAAAAAGCCCCUGCCCACGUUGCCACCAUUUGACUUUGAGAGAUAUCUGAGAGAAAAGGACAACAGAGACUUCAAUCUGCUCAUCGACCAGCCAGAGAAAUGUCACGUCAGAGGAGAAAAGCAGGACGAAGGAAGAGCGAAAGAUGAGUUUACUGCUCCAUACAUGCUGAUCGCAGUGAAAUCUGUGGCUGCAGAUUUUGAUAAACGUCAGGUGGUACGUCGAACCUGGGGCAAAGAGGGUAUUUUUCAAAAUGGAGUGUCUAUCCGUACUGUUUUCCUGCUGGGGGUUCCCAGGAACCGGACUGCUCUGCCUCUGUGGGACCGGCUCUUAACCUACGAGAGUCAAACCUUCAGGGACAUCCUGCUCUGGGACUUUGACGACACCUUCUUUAACCUGACGCUGAAAGAAACGCAUUUUCUGAAAUGGAUUAACAGCAGCUGUCCUCAUGUCAAGUUCAUCUUCAAAGGUGAUGCUGAUGUGUAUGUAAACAUUGAGAAUAUACUGGAGAUGCUACAUGGUCAAAAGCCUGAUGAAGAUCUGUUUGUUGGAGACAUCAUUAUCAAUGCUAAACCCAUUCGCCGGCGGAGUUCCAAAUACUAUGUACCAGAGUUUGUUUAUGGAGGCGGUUUGUACCCGAACUACGCUGGUGGAGGAGGGUUUGUCAUGUCAGGACUCACAGCUCUGAAACUAAGCUCCUCUUGUCAAAAGGUGGAGCUGUUCCCCAUUGAUGAUGUCUUUCUGGGGAUGUGCCUCCAGCUGAUUGGUGUCAAACCAUCACGCCACCAAGGCUUUAGGACCUUUGGGAUUCCUAGACCAUCUGCAGCGCCCCACCUCCAAACAUUUGACCCCUGUUUUUAUAGGGAGCUCAUGGUUGUCCACAGCCUCAGCGUCCCACAAAUCUGGCUCAUGUGGAACCUCCUGCACGACCCCAAUCUGAGCUGCCACAACAGGACCAGCCCAACAUCCUGGCCUUUUAAGUGGAGAGACAAGAUUGGAGAAACAGAGGUACAAGAGACGGAUUACGGUGAGAAGCAGGUGUUUGUCACGCAUUAGGAACUCUCUGCAGGGAUCUGCAUGAGCUCCAGUGAGUACAAAGUCAUUUUAAACAGGAUCUACGGCUAAAUUGAAAAGCUUGAGAUGUGUUCAAAAGCCCAGCUGAGUCAUAUGAGACUUUAUCCAAGCUGGCAGAUUGUAUUUGGGGAAAUGAACUGGCAAGGCCAAAUGUGCACCAGAUUUCAGGGAGGAAACCCGAAGAGAAUUUAGGAUUUAGCCAUCUGUGUGAUCAGAUGGUUUUUGUGAAUAACAUGCAGCAGGUCUUUGAUUUGUGAAGAUUAUUGAAUAAUGAUUUGACUGUCACUGGGAUCUUGAAUGUGUGAUCUUAAGAAUGUAUUUUGGACUUUGUUUACACAGACAGAAAAAAACGCUGAAGGAAGUAAUAAAACACUGUUAACUGGUUUAACUCCGUCCAUACAUGAAUGUAACUGUGUUUAAGACCACAUCCUUGGCAAUAAUCAGACUUACAAUGGACUGUGUGGACACAACAACCUUGUGUAAUGAUGAGUGGAAAGACUGUAUGGACAUUCUGUCCUCAUUGUGAAUCACUUGCAGAUUUACCUCCCGCUGUUGUGUUGGGUAAAGGCACAAAUGGACUGUUGUAUUAUCCAUUCCCUGGAGGAAUAGUGAUAGAAGUCUGAAUGGAAACCAGCCGCACAGUGGGAACCAGCUGGGACCACAACACACAGAUACUCACAAACAAAACAUCUGCUGAAUGUUUGUGGAAAAGCCUGGAAUAUGAGGUGUCAGGCAUGUGUGCUUUCAUGUGAGCAAUUCAGCUUGACUUCAACUUUAGUAACAUGACUUGUUUUAAAUAACGUCUAAAACUUUUACUUUUGUUCAGAUGUUCAUUGUAAAAAAUGUUACAGGUUUGACCUGUGCUGAUGAAAUAUUUAUAUCCAGCUGCUUUUUAUGGUGUCACAGUUGUCGACGGAUGUAGACCACCGUGCCUACAUGAAGCCACACAAAGUAUUAAAGAAGGCCUCCAGUUAUAACCCAUACAGUUAGUUUGAUUACACUAGAUCAGGGGUGUCCAAACUAUGGCCCGGGGGCCAAAUGUGGCCCGUGGUCCAAUUUUGAUGGGCCAGCAGCAGGCUCUAGAAAUAACAUGAAACAUGGCCCACAUUUGAACAUGAAGCUUGUGCAAACUGUGCUGUUCUUGAGUCUUAGCACAAGGAGGCACAACCAUGCUAAUUCUGUAAACAAACAUCUGGACAAGAAGAAUUUAUUGAUGUGUUUGUGAUUAAAUUGAAACAACACUGUGGUAAACAUAUUGGCAACCAAAAAAUACCAAUAUCUUGCCAGUAGCAGCAGUAACAUUCCAGAGGCGGAGCCAGUGGUAGCUAGAGCCAAACAGGGCCCCCUGAGAUCUGACUGGCAUACCCACAAGCCUGGAAAUGAUCGUCUAGUUGCCAGUUGGUUUGCUCUGAGCAUGUUAUUUGCUCUCAUGCUGCCUUAUUUAAACUGCUUCAGCCUGGCCACUCUUUGUCGCUCCCUGUGCUACCCUCCUAAACCCCAGCUCCUCCUUUAUUCUGCUUGUGACUUAAUCAGUGCUGUUUAGUUGUCAUUGUACCUUCUCUGGGGUUUCUAAUGCUGCUCUCCCUACAUUAGGCUUUCGUUAUCGGCAUAGGAGGAACAGGAUGCUUGAUGCUUUCCAUGUAGGUAAUUAGAGCUAUAAUAAAUGCUGUUAAAGAAAUAUUUAUAGCUGCAAAUCAUGUGUUUCCUAACUGACCUAACCAUUUAGGCAUAAUCAGUCACGAAGCGUAUCUUAACCUACAUUGUAUUAGUUUUACGUACUUUCAUAUACUGCACCUCGUGGAUAUUAAAGUGGCCCCAAAAUCCUUAUAUAUUUCUGUAUGUGGCCCUCAGUAGGAAAAGUUUGGACACCCCUGCACUAGAUCGAUCUGUGCUGAGGGAAUUUUAAAUACAUUGUCUCAGCUUUGGCUACAAGUUUGGACUUCCACAUCACCCUAAGGUAUUUAUUGGUAUGUUAGCCAUCUAGUUAACACGAUGUCUGAGAUGCUUCAUUAAGCAAAGGAAGAUGUUACACUCUCAGUGUGAGCCUGAGGCUUGCAUGUGAGAGUCUGUUGUAUAAAUGCACAGUGAAGUUCGUGAAUGUGUGUAAUUAAGAGUUUCAGCUCCAGGGCACAGGAUCUAUUAAUUGAAAAAUUUAUCUUUGUUUGAAAGUCCUCCCUAAAAGCCACAUUUAAACAUGAAACAUUUCCUUGAAUAAAAAGAGGUCUGGAUUUACUGAUUGUUAUUACUCUAUACACGACUUGUUUCUGAAGCUGUUCUCACACAAACAUUCAUGAAACUUUUGUUCACAUUGGUCCCACAAAGCAGGAAGUUCCCCUGUUAAAAUCUGGGAUAUUUUUAAACCUUCUCAAUAUGUGGGAAACACAUAAAAGUUGGUGGGAGUUGUGGAUGUAAAAGCUUGAAACUGAUGUUUUGUUCUCCCAUGUUUGGUUAUUAUUUAACAGGAUAUCAGUAAAAUGAACUGAACAGAGCUGAUAGACUGUUUAUAUAUCCAUGAAAUGCAAUACAGUCAUGGACCAAAGUAUUGGCACCCUGGGAAUUUUUUCAGAAAACACACCAUUUCUCU